GCAAAUUUGAGAGGAAUUGCAUAAAACACUGGAGAAAUCCAAGAGGGGAAGUCCAUAAGGGCGGUGGCUCCCUAAGUGAUCACAGAGCAAGCUGGUGCCAGAGCCUGGACCUAGAGUGCUGUUGGUGGGAAGCAGGAGGAGGGUCCUGCCUCCAGGAAUAGAUGGACAUGGCCCGGCAGAUGAUGCAGCUGCUGCUUCUGGCUUUGGUGACUGCUGCGGGGAGUGCGCAGCCCAGGAAUGCGCGGGCCAGGACGGACCUGCUCAACGUCUGCAUGAACGCCAAGCACCACAAGGCACAGCCCAGUCCCGAGGACGAACUGUAUGGCCAGUGCAGUCCCUGGAAGAAGAAUGCCUGCUGCACAGCCAACACCAGCCAGGAGCUGCACAAGGACAUCUCCCGCCUGUACAACUUUAACUGGGACCACUGCGGCAAGAUGCAGCCCGCCUGCAAGCGCCACUUUAUCCAGGAUGCCUGUCUCUAUGAGUGCUCCCCCAACCUGGGGCCCUGGAUCUGGCAGGUCAACCAGAGCUGGCGCAAAGAGCGGAUCCUGAAUGUGCCUCUGUGCAAAGAGGACUGUGAGCACUGGUGGGAGGACUGUCGCACCUCCUACACCUGCAAAAGCAACUGGCACAAAGGUUGGAAUUGGAGCUCAGGGAUUAAUGAGUGUCCGGCCGGGGCCCUCUGCCGCACCUUUGAGUCCUACUUCCCCACUCCAGCCACCCUUUGUGAAGGCCUCUGGAGCCACUCCUUCAAGGUCAGUAACUACAGUGGAGGGAGCGGCCGCUGCAUCCAGAUGUGGUUUGACUCAGCCCAGGGCAACGCCAAUGAGGAGGUGGCCAAGUUCUAUGCUGCGACCAUGAAUGCUGGGGCCCCGUCCCAUGGGAUUAUUGGUUCCUGAUCCAAGAAGGGUCCUCUGGGGUACUUCCGACAAUCUAUUCUACUAGACAAAUCCACAUG